AGCUGCAGUGGUCUCGGUAGCUGUCUGUGGUGCUGAAAUUGGAAAUGGCUCUCGCUUUUACUUCAGGGAGAUUUGUCACCAGCUCGUUACAAAUAAUAUUCCACGUUUAAAACGUUGAGGUUUGUUAAUUGAAGGAAUGGGCGUUUCGGCGCCGAUCAUAUAUUCCCAGGUUUAAAAAAGGAGUCGAUGGUAACAUAUGUGCUAGUAGUACACAUGCAGGCGGACGGACUAACUGACAGACAGGCACACGCGUGAAUUUGCAGUCAUUUCCUGCGAUGUAUCUGUACGUAGUGCUUUUGACGUGUGAAUUAAGAUAAGAAGUGUAAAGAACAAAGAAUUUCUGCAGUGUUAGUUACCGGGAAAAUGCAGAGACAGCAUUUUAAGCAGCAAUUGUGAAGAUCAACCGCGGUUCAACGUGGGCCAUGGCGCAGGGAAAUAAUUACGGGCAAAGCAGCAACGGAGUAGCGGAUGAAUCUCCGAACAUGCUCGUCUACAGAAAGAUGGAAGAUAUCAUAGCACGCAUGCAAGAUGAAAAAAAUGGAAUUCCAAUUCGUACUGUGAAAAGUUUUUUGUCGAAGAUUCCAAGCGUAUUUUCUGGUUCUGAUAUUGUGCAGUGGAUGAUCAAAAAUCUAAAUAUUGAAGAUCAAGUGGAAGCCCUGCAUCUUGGAACGCUAAUGGCAGCUCAUGGCUACUUCUUUCCAAUCUCAGACCACGUCCUAACACUAAAGGAUGAUGGCACAUUCUAUAGAUUUCAGACGCCAUAUUUUUGGCCAUCUAACUGCUGGGAGCCAGAAAAUACGGAUUAUGCGGUUUACCUCUGCAAAAGAACAAUGCAAAACAAAGCCAGACUGGAACUCGCAGACUAUGAAGCUGAGAGCUUAGCAAGACUACAGAGAGCAUUUGCUCGAAAAUGGGAAUUUAUUUUUAUGCAAGCAGAAGCACAAGCAAAAGUUGAUAAGAAAAGAGAUAAAAUUGAAAGAAAGAUACUUGAUAGCCAAGAAAGAGCAUUCUGGGAUGUGCACAGGCCUGUUCCUGGCUGUGUGAACACCACAGAAGUUGACAUAAAGAAGUCCUCAAGAAUGAAAAAUCCACACAAAACGAGAAAAUCAGUCUAUGGGCUACAGAAUGACAUCCGAAGCCACAGUCCCACCCACACACCAGCACCUGAAGGUAAACAGCCCACCGCAGAAGAACUACAGGAACAGAUAAAGUUCUGGCAAGUGCAAUUAGAUAGACACAGAUUAAAAAUGUCCAAAGUUGCAGAGAGCUUAUUAGGAUACACAGAACAGUAUAUUGAAUAUGACCCAUUUCUCACACCUCCGGACCCUUCAAAUCCCUGGAUAUCAGAUGAUACUACGCUCUGGGAACUAGAGGCAAGUAAAGAACCUAGUCAGCAGAGGGUGAAGCGGUGGGCUUUUGGCAUUAAUGAAGUUUUAAAAGAUCAAAUGGGUCGAGACCAGUUUCUUAAGUUUUUGGAGUCCGAGUUCAGCUCAGAGAAUCUAAGGUUUUGGUUAGCAGUUCAAGAAUUGAAAAAAAGGCCCAUUCGUGAAGUGCCAAGUCGAGUCCAGGAGAUAUGGUUGGAAUUUCUUGCACCGGGCGCUCCAAGUGCCAUUAAUGUUGAUUCAAAAAGCUAUGACAAAACUACACAAAAUGUCAAAGAUCCUGGACGGUACACAUUUGAAGACGCUCAGGAGCAUAUUUACAAACUGAUGAAAAGUGAUUCCUAUCCACGUUUCAUACGAUCCAGUGCCUAUCAGGAGCUGCUACAGGCCAAGAAAAAGUUGGAAAACACUCAGGAUCGCAGAACCUCAUUUGAAAAAUUCACUCGCAAUGUGAAAAGUAAGAACUUAUUUUGAAGGAUUUUGCUUCCAGGGAAAAUCACUUACUUCAAAGAGGCUAACAAGUCUUGUGCAAUCAUAUUAAAAAUACAAUCAUCCCUUAGCUUGGAAGAGGAUCGUGUCAUUCAUACGUAACUGUAGUCUGCUACUUGGCCGGUGAAAUCAGAGGACUGCAGACGAGCUGUUGCAUGUGUAAAAAAAAAACUGACUUUUUCAUUUGUUAAUUAUUUUUAUUUUCUGUGUGUGAUGAGGCAUUAUGGAUGUUACAGAGACUAUAAACCCUCUGAUGCCUUUUUAAAGAAUAAUACAUCUGCUCACUCCUUCCUUUCAUAUCAGCUGGAUCUGUGAAAUAGUCUGAAAUUAAAAAAAAAUCACUGAUAAUCAGACACAAAACAGAAGCAUUACAAAGUAUGCAUAUAAUGUUGAAUAUACAUAUGCCAUUUUGCAUUUAUUGCACUAUACAAAAUUAGCACAGACGGUUAUCAUCACAAUUGUAAAGUCACCUUCUAAAAAAAUCAACCAAUGCUGUGUCUCUGUCUGAUGUAGUCUGUAAUUCUUUGUUACUGUUUCUUGCAUUUAUUUUUAUAACAUAUUUUAAAAACACCUUUUACUUGAAAUGUAUUAAGGUUGGCCCUUUAUCUGUUAAUCUGCUAAAGACCAUUUUAUAUAUUGUAUUCAAAACUGAAUUACAGUAUGCUGCCAUAUUUGUCCAGUGAGAAGUUCUGAGAAAUGAAGAGCUGGGGUAGGAAGAAGUAUAAUAUAUAAAAAAAAAAGAAAAUUAAAGUAGGACCUUGACUAUU